AAAUUUUCAGGUGCCUCCCGCUGAUUUCGGGUGCUUUCGGUCGUUUGAGUUGUGUUACAAAGUGGUUGCUACACGUUGUCCCAACCGGACAUGGGAGUUCAUCAGCUAAGUAAGGUAAUCGGUGACAAUGCACAAAAAGCGGUCAAAAGCUGUGAAAUGAAAGCAUAUUUCGGUUAGGAUUUCUGAUAAUUUCUAUCAUAAGUUGAUAGGAAGGAAGGUAGCGAUCGAUGCCUCAAUGUCGAUAUACCAAUUUCUAAUCGCCGUUAGGCAAGAAGGAAACACACUGACUAAUGCAGAAGGAGAGUCUACCAGUCAUCUAAUGGGCAUGUUCUACAGGACAAUAAGAAUGAUUGAAAACGGAAUCAAACCCGUGUAUGUUUUUGAAGGAAAACCGCCUUCAAUGAAAGCUGGAGAACUAGCAAAACGCGCGGAGAGACGUGUUGAAUCUUCUAAAGAAUUGGCGAAAGCAGAAGCAGAGGAAGAUUUAGAAGCUAUUGAAAAAUUUUCGAAGCGUUUGGUCAAAGUCACUCCUGCACAUAAUGAAGAUUGUCGACAACUUCUAACCUUAAUGGGUGUCCCAUUUAUUAAUGCACCCGGUGAAGCAGAAGCUCAGUGUGCAGCAUUGGCGAAAUCAGGAAAAGUCUAUGCUGUCGGUACCGAAGAUAUGGAUGCGUUAGCAUUCGGUACUCCCGUACUUCUCCGUCACUUAACAUUCAGUGAGGCUAGAAAAAUGGCCAUACAAGAAUUUAAUUUGGCUUCAGUCCUUGACGGCCUUGGUUUAACUAUGGAUCAGUUCAUAGAUUUAUGUAUUUUACUGGGUUGUGACUAUGUUGAUACAAUACGUGGAAUCGGUCCAAAGAAAGCUUUAGAUUUGUUGCAUAAGCACCAGUCAAUCGAUUGUGUUUUAAAAAAUAUCGACAAGUCUAAAUAUCCCGUUCCAGAUGAUUGGCCGUAUGAAGAGGCAAAAAAGCUUUUUUUGAAUCCUGAAGUUACAGAUCCUGCAACGAUUGAGCUGAAGUGGAAUGAGCCAAACGAAGAAGGUUUAGUAGAAUUUCUCUGUCAUAAACACGGAUUUAAUGAAGAGCGCAUACGUAAUGGUGCCAGGAAGUUAUUAAAAGCGAAAAAUACUACUACUCAAGGUCGGAUAGAUAGCUUCUUUACCAGCGUCCCAUCUAAAAAUAAUUCGUCAACAUCAACCACCACCAGUAAGAAAAGUGAUUCAAAGAUUUCAACUUCGGUGGAUCGUAAACGUAAGAGUAACGCUAGCACACCAGGUGGAUAUAAGAAGCCCAAAUAAAACUUUCAAAGCUUUUAUUCAACUUUCCUGAGAUUCUUGUCUUCAAUACAGUUUUCUUAAUGUUCGUGCAUUUUCUUGUUAACAUUUUAUGUUUACAUAUAUAUUUAUACGUAUAUUUUUUAAUGUAUUUUUUAACUGACGUAUUAUUUUUAUUCUGCGCUGCGUAUAGGUGCAUUUAAAGAUUACUCAUCAGAUGUAUUGUUUUCUCUUUUUUACUUAUUCAAAAUAACUCCAUUUUCAUUAAAUACUGUCUGUGAACGCAUACUGGAUUUUUUUACAUUUUCUAAAAAUUAUGUGUACUUCAUUGUAAAUCGCUGUCUUUUAUUAUUUUUGUGACAUGAAAGAUCUUUGACUACACUGUAAUAAUUCAUUUCAAGAAGUA